AUGUCAAUCCAGGAGACUGUUGUCAAAUAUAGAGACGUUAUAAAUCAGCUAACCACUGGCGAUUUAAGGCGAAUGGUUAUAAAGUCAGAAAAAUUGGCCCAGGUAAUUGCAUGUUCAAAAAGCACUGUUCGCUUUCAUCAUAAAGCAUGCAGUGGUAAAACAGUAAUUUAUAAAUGCAUAAAAAAAGUACUACAUUCCAGUAUUACGCAUCUAUCUUCUGAAUUUUCUUCACGAACUGAUAUUCUUCAAUUUCUGCGUCUAUAUUCUGCAUAUCAGUAUCAAUUCCAAGCUUUGAGUGGACAAAUAAAAAAAUAUUGCCGCAUACAAAAAUACUACCAGUUAAAGUUUGCCUUUAUAGAACACUUAGAGACAGGAGCACAAAUUGACGCUCCAACUCUAUUGAGAUUUUGGGUGAUAUCUCUAGAUGAAUUCAUUAGAAAAGAACAAUGGCUAAAUAAGGGUUCCGAAUUUUUACGCUUUUACACAAUAAUGAUUGAAUAUUCGGCUUGGAAAUGGGAUACGGACAGUAAAAGACAACAUGAAUUCAUGUGCCAAUUCCGAAUUAAAUUCAAGGAAUGCUUAAUAAAAUUUUAUGAAAGUUUUGAUCUUCAAAUAUCCAGCAAUCCUUUGGAAGAGCUCAUUGCGCCUUGGGAAAGAGCCGUUUAUGUUGCGAGUCAUAUAGAUGCAUUUACUGGAGAACAAGUUAGGAUAGAUGGUGCUGAAUUAUUCUGGACAUUUAAAAGUUUAAUCUUCUCUUCCAUUUCUUCUGUGGUGCUUCAGCUAAGUGACCUUCACAACAUAUUCAGCGCAUUCCAACCUUACGGAAGGCAAACAUUAGUUCGAGACUUUGCACGGACACAAUCUUUAAAGUGGGAUAAGGAUGACCAAGUUGGGAGCUUGAUCCACGCCCUGAUUCGUAAUGAUAUGUUUCCUUAUUUUAAUCGGGAACAAAUAAACACGAUGGGAGAUGGAAUAUAUUUCUUGCGGUUAUUGAGAAAAAACUUCCAGGAGAAUAUAACCGACGUUAAAGAUUUUCAUGUUCAAGUGAUGAAAUACUUGAAUUUCCAAUUUAAAAACAAUUAUAAUUCGUUGAUUAAAUUACUAAAAAUUCAAGGUAGAAAUGGAAGAUGUCCCAAUAUGGUUGCUCCUUCCUUGAACAACGGAAACAAAUUUGAACUACUUCUUUCUUCUACCGAUGAAUACUACCAUUUUGUUGAUAAUAAAGAACCUUUAUGGCAACACAAAUUAUAUCCCAAGAUUUACACAAAUGAGCAAGUUCCUAUGCCUGCUGCUUCAGCUAUAUUUGAUUCCGAAAAGAAAUAUGCAAUGAUAUCACUAUUGCGAUAUUACUUACCUGAGAACAGAAAGUUUUUUAGGGUAUAUUUUCUGCCAAGUAUUUUUAAAAGGAUCUUGUAUUACGGUACGAAGUUCGGUGAAUUAUAUUUCAUGGAAGAUUGCUUGGAACGUUUGGUUAUAGAAUCCCUUAUGAUACUAGAACCAUCAUUAGUUGAUCCAAUAAACAAUUUAGUUGAAUCUAGCAUAGUAUCGCUUAAGAAAGCGGCACUAAUUAGUGACGAUAAAACUUCUUCAAGUGUCAUUCUUUUGCCUCAUAAAAAAUUUAAAUCACUUUGGGAACUAAACCAAGGCUUCAAUGAACCAUUUUGGCCGAAUGAAUUCUUUUCGAAUAAUUGGCCCGAUUUAGCGAACAUGCAAUUGGACGCAGGUCAAACCUUACAAGAUGCUUUUGCAUUUCACCUUUUUGAAAUUGAACUGCCAAUCAUUGUCGAUAAUAAAAAAAAUAUGCAUUUAAAACUCAUUUCCAACAUGUGCACCACUAGCAUUUUGUACUUAUACAAUGAAUCUGAUUCCUUAUCAUUACUUACUAUACAAAAAAAACUAGCUGUUUUACCGUCAAGUAAACGGAAUGAGAUCCUAUUGAACAAUUUGAACAGGCUAAUUAAACGGAAGCUUUUGUUGACGAGGAAAGAUAUAGAAGGGCAAAAGGUAUACUCAUUUAACUAUAAUUACAAGAGUACCGAUGAAAAUACCGCGAUAUUAAGACUUAUUUAG